AAUGCCGUGCUGUGCCGAUAAUCGUUGUCCAGCGCACAGUAAGAGACAGCGUGGCAGAAGCUGCUGGCGCUCAGCAGAUCGUGUUAUAAGCUGCUGCUAUGAGAAUGAAGAGAUGUCAAAGGUGACUCAUCCUGAUGAGUUGUUUUUGGAUCUGUAAUUUGACGCAGCCCGGGUUGAUUUUGUGAUGAAGGUGCGCUGAGCUCGCAUGAACCUCGGAGUCUCUAUCCGGACGGUAAGGUGUAUUAUAUCUCGAGAGAUUGUUUGCGCGUCUGUCAAGCCUCGGAGCCGGAGCUGGAGAACCACACGCGCGCGCGAGAGAGACAGAGAGAGAGUCAGGCGGGUUUUCACGAUUUAAUGAGUAUUAAAGUGCUGCCGGUUGGACAAUGAAGAAGUUCUUCGAUGGCCGACGGGAGAUGGUGGGCUCCGGGCCCGCGUCUGGAGCCGCUGCGGGGGGCGGCGCGGGGUCCGGCGCGUUUAUCGGACGCGUUUUCUCCAUCGGACGAUAUCAGGUGACCGCGGAGGAGACUGUGGCGGAGGGUGGUUUUGCUAUCGUAUUUCUGGUGAGGACUCAUCAGGGCAUCCGUUGUGCACUGAAGAGAAUGUAUGUCAACAAUGAACAUGACCUUCAAGUAUGCAAGAGGGAAAUUCAGCUUAUGGUGAGACAUUCCCUUAUGCACAGUUCUUCACCUGCCGUAUGUGGGCAGGUUGUGAACCUGAUGAACCAGCGCUUGCAGACUGGAUUCAGUGAGACGGAGGUGCUGCAGAUCUUCUGUGACACAUGUGAAGCUGUCGCUCGACUACAUCAGUGCAAAACCCCCAUCAUCCACCGGGACCUCAAGGUGGAGAACAUCUUACUGCAUGACAGAGGACAUUAUGUGUUGUGUGACUUUGGCAGUGCCAUUAACCGCUCCCAGAACCCACAAACAGAAGGUGUGGCGGCUGUAGAAGAAGAAAUCAAGAAGUACACUACUCUUUCAUACCGGGCCCCAGAAAUGGUGAAUCUAUAUGGGGGUAAAGUUAUCACUACUAAAGCAGAUAUAUGGGCUUUGGGCUGCUUGUUGUAUAAGUUGUGUUACUUCACUUUGCCGUUUGGAGAGAGUCAGGUGGCCAUCUGUGACGGCAGCUUCACCAUCCCAGACAACUCCCGCUACUCGCACGACAUGCACUGUCUCAUCCGUCACAUGCUUGAGCCAGACCCUGACAUAAGGCCAGAUAUCUACCAGGUGUCAUAUUUCGCCUUUAAACUGGCACGGAAAGAAUGCCCAGUACAGAAUAUCCACAAUUCACCCAUUCCAGCAAAACUCCCAGAGCCAAUCAGAGCCAGUGAGGCCGUGGCUAAGAAGAGUCAAAACAAAGCCAGGCUCUCUGAUCCAAUCCCUACGACUGAGACAUCCAUAGCGCCACGGCAGCGUCCCAAGGCUGGUCAAGCUCAACCAAUCGCAGGCAUCCUGCCCAUCCAACCAGCCCUCACCCCACGCAAAAGAGCCAGUGCACCUGCAGGACCCAGCCAGCCAAUCAGUGUUAACAUGGCUUCCCAGCCUGUUGCCCUAUCGCAGAUUCCUGUCACUCAGCAACAAGCCACUCCCUCUCCACCCCAGACCACACCCCAGCACGCACAACUUUUUGUGCAGCAGCAAAAUACAGCCUUCUUUACUGCUCAACAACAGCAGCAUCACUCAACGCAGACCUCCGUCUUACCUGCACAAUCGGUUGCAUCAUCCUCCACUCCUGUUUCUACACAGUCUAAACCUAAGAACAGGGCUCCCCCUCCACCCAUACACCACCCUCAAACCAACCGCCUGACAACAUUAUCAGCAACGGCCCCAGCUUCGCCUGCAGAGUGUUCACAUAGUAAUAGUGUAGAUGGAGAUUUCACUGCGACCAUGUCUGCCCAACCUAAAACCAAAGCUAUGGCACCUCCGCCCCCCACAUCACACGCCUCCACCCUUCCUCCGCCUAAAUCCGCUUCAGCACCAUCCACUGACUCUGAAGUGGACCCAGAGCAGAGGUCUGUCGGCGGAAGUCGUGGGGUGCAUAAAGUCGGCUCCUUGACUCCACCCUCUUCUCCCAAGACGGCCCCAAAAGGAGGCCACAGACGAAUUCUGAGUGAUGUCACACACAGCACCAUAUUUGGAGUUCCUGUGAGCAAGUCCACUCAACUGCUUCAAGCUGCUGCUGCAGAGGCCAGCCUUAACAAGUCUAAGUCAGCUAGCACCACUCCCUCUGGUUCUCCAUGUUCAUCACAGCAGAGUGUUUAUCAGUCAGGUGAGGCUUCGGGACCCUCGGCUGGAGCCACAGCAUCCUGGAACCCCUUUGGCGAUGACAAUUUCUCUAAACUCACAGCAGAAGAGCUGCUCAACAAGGAUUUUGCCAAACUGGAUGCUAAGACCGCAGAGAGACCCUGUCCUGAAAAUCUGAUUUCUGGGUUGCAGUCUGUGUCUUCCAAUAAAGGCUUUCUCCAGGGAGGAGCUGGGAUGGAUUCUCUGAUCCCUGGUCUGGAUCCUCUACAGACUGAUCCUGGGUCAGCUGCAAUACCAGACUCUUUGGUUGGACAGGAUUCUCUUUUGGAUGGGCCGCUUCUCUCCCACCCCUCCACUGGUGGUCUAAUACUGGCCUCAUCCCCCUCAUCUCUCCCUGCACCAUCUUUGGACCAGUUUACUACUACUGCUUUGAGCAGUGGACAGUACCACCAGGGCUCUGAUCCAGCUCACCUGCUCUCAGUCGUCCAGUCCUCUGAGACUGGGGUCCAAAGCGCCGAUAACCAGUUUGACCCAAUUCCAGUGCUUAUCUCCAAAAGCUCCAGCCAAGGUGGUCACUCGCGCAGCAACAGUGGCAGUUCUGAGACCAGUCUGCCCUCGCUGGCACGCUCCCUUCUGCUGGUGGACCAACUCAUCGACUUGUAGAGGAAACAGAGAGAGAGAGAGGCAGAUGAAUA